AUGACCAUCGCUAGUGAGCCUACUCCCUUUGGGAAACCGAUGCUGAAGUACUGGGCAUUCGACCCAUCAUACAAAAACCUCAACAAUGGUUCAUUUGGUGCACACCCUUUGCCAGUUCGCGAUGUCCAUAGAGCUUUCUUGGACCUUGCAGACAAACGCCCCGAUACAUACAUCAGGAAGCUUCACGCCGAUUACCUAGAGCAAGCACGCAUUGAAGUUGCCGAAGUGAUCAACGCUCCCAAAGACGAGUGCGUGUUUGUCAAGAACGCCACCACUGGGGUAUAUACUGUUCUAUACAACCUGAAGUUCCAGGCUGAUGAAACCGCCAUUUUAUUCGACGGUGUGUAUGGCGCCGUAGAGAAGGGUGCAGUUUCACUCCAAGAGCACGGCACCCUCAAAUACCGAAAAGUGAAAUUCACCUACCCCAUUGGAGAGGACGAACUCGAAAAACGCUUUCGCGAAGUAGUGCGCAAGGCCCGCGAAGAAGGCCUCAAAGUGAAAGCGGCGGUAUUUGACAUUAUUGUGAGCAACCCAGGACUCCGGUUCCCGUUUGAGCGAUUCAUUCGAGUCUGUCGUGAGGAGGGGAUCUUGAGUGUAAUUGAUGGAGCCCACGGCAUCGGGCAUAUCAAGUUGGACAUGAGCAUAUUGCAACCCGACUUUUUCGUCUCCAAUUGCCAUAAAUGGCUUUACACACCUCGGAGCUGUGCCGUUCUCUAUGUGCCAAAGCGUAAUCAGCAUCAUUUGCGGUCAACGGUCCCAACUUCUUGGGGGUUUAUUGCCGGUGAUGCCUCGCCAGCAACUGGUGCCUCGGUCCUGAAAGACCCGUCAAGUCCGCAAAAGACACCGUUCGAAGAACUCUUUGAGUUCGUCGCGACCACCGAUGACUCUCCCUAUGUCUGCGUUCCUGCAGCCCUGAAGUUCCGGCGUGAGGUGUGUGGCGGCGAAGACGCGAUUAUAGCAUAUAACGAGAAACUCGCCAACGAGGCCGGUGAUGCCGUCGCCAAGAUCUUAGCGACAGAAGUUCUUCAAGAGCCUGACUUGAAGCCUGGAGAGGUCAGCAAUAUGCGUCGAUGUGCCAUGUCUACCGUGCGCCUGCCUAUCGCUGUGGCCGACGGAACGGAUCCCGUUCCAGGAGCCAUGGCUACGAUCUCGGUGGACGAAGCGUCUCGUGCUUUUGCGUUCAUACAGCGUACGCUCAUGCAAGAGUACGAUACUUUUGUUCCGACGUUCCAGCAUGGUCCGUGGCUAUGGACGCGCUUGAGUGCGCAGACUUGGCUGGAGAAAAGUGACUUUGAGUGGCUGGGAGGCGUUCUGCAUGAGCUGUGUGGGCGGAUUGCUCGUAAAGAGUACUAA